CUCAAAACUUACUAUCCAUAUUAUCACAAUGUACUCCUCAGCCUGGACACCGUUUGUGCUUUCCCUCCUCGCCAUGUCUACCACUGCCGCCCCAACCCUAGAAGCUCGCAAGAACGGCGGUGCUACCAGAGGUGGCCCUGCUUCAGCAAAAGUCACCAUCUACAGCCAAUAUGAGUGUACUGCGCCUGGCACUGCACCUCCCACAGAUGGCAGCGCAGGCACAGCAACCACGUUCAGCGUCACAGAAGCUCAAUGCACAAUCCCCAACACUGGCUUGCAAUAUGGUGGAGCAUUGACAGCAGUUUUGACCGCGACGCCAAAGUCUGGCACUGCUGGCUGUUAUGUUCUCGCUCAUUCGGCACAAGGCUGUGGCCUCGUGCUAGGAAAUGAGGUGCAUGGGUGGCCUUUUGCAGGUGUUGAGGUUGGAAAUGCGGUUGGUUGUGGAAAGGCACCUUAUUACACCUCGUGGUCUGCUUUCGAGAUCCUUUGCGAGUAGAGGAUGUUCAUCUUCGUGAUCUACUCACCGU